CUUAAUUCCCACGUUUCCAUCUCUCUUUUCCCUUUCUUCGUUAUUUAUAAUGUUACUACUAAAUAAAUUAACGUCCCAUUGCAUAGUACAGUUGCAUAGACAUAUUGUGUAAGAGCAAACACCUAGCUAAACCAUGAAACAAUUGGACCUAAUUCACAAACUUCUCAACAUAGUAGCUCCUCUAUUUACCUUGUUUAGCUUCUUGCUUUUCUUGCCACCUUACAUUAUCAAGUACUUCCUUUCAAUAUUUGGCACAUUUGUCAAAGAGGAUGUUGCUGGCAAGGUUGUCAUCAUUACUGGUGCUUCCUCUGGCAUCGGCGAGCAUUUGGCCUAUGAGUAUGCCAGAAGAGGUGCAUGUUUAACCAUUGCAUCCAGAAGAGAGGAGAGUCUACGUGAAGUAGCCGAAAGAGCACUUAAUUUAGGCGCCCCGGAUGUUUUAGUAGUGCCAGCUGAUGUAUCAAAUGUUGAAGACUGUAGAAGUAUUGUUGAUAGAACCAUGAGUCACUUUGGACGAAUUGAUCAUCUGGUUAAUAAUGCUGGAGUGGUUUCCAAUUCUAUGUUCGAAGAAAUAGAAGAGAUCACUCAUGUUAGAUCCAUCAUGGACAUCAACUUCUGGGGCUCAGUUUACAUGACAAAGUUUGCAAUUCCGUACCUGAGAAAUAGUGAAGGUAGAAUCAUUGUCCUGUCUUCUGCAUCAUCUUGGAUGCCUACUCCAAGAAUGAGCCUUUACAGUGCAAGCAAAGCAGCAAUGACACUGUUCUUUGAGACAUUAAGGAUUGAAUUGGGACGAGACAUCAAAAUAACAUUGGUCACACCUGGCUUUGUUGAAUCUGAAAUGACACAAGGGAAAUACAUAGACGAGAAGAGCGGCAGACUAGUUGUUAAACCUCAUCUGAGGGAUGUUCAUGUGGGCAUUGCCCCGGUAAUGAAGGUAGAAGACUGUGCCAAGUCCAUUGUGGAUGGCUCUUGUCGCGGGAAGAGAUACAUUACUGUGCCAGGUUGGUUCAGGGUCACCUACUUGUGGCAGGUUUUCUGCCCAGAAGUUGUUGAAUGGCUUUUGAGGUUAUUUUACCUUACUGGUCCGGGAACUUCACCGGAGGACGCUCUAAACAAGAAAAUAUUGGAUUACACUGGUCUAAAAGUCAUGUACCCAAAAAAUAUCCGGAAGCUGGAACCUAAGACCAAGUGAUGUUGGCCUAGGUUGAUGUCGAGAAACAGAAGCUACAGUAAGUUGAUUAUUUCUUUAUGUAUCAUAUGUUACUAAUAAUUUAGCCAGGAGAAACGGUUUAAUUUGGAGUAUUUUGUAAUUGUGAAUCUUGAUGUUGAUGGUGUUGCACUGUUAUGCAUCUUUAUCAAACCCAUACAAUGUAACGUUCGUUCUCGAUAAUAUUAUGAUGAAUGUACUCUUUGCAUGAUCAAAA